UGGGUUGAGUGACGGCGGGUGGACCGCCCCGGGCGUGACGUAGUGCUGAUGUUGUUGCUGCGGUCGCACGUGGUCGACCGAGUACGUCUCAGACUCUACUGCGCUCCGGAACCUCAGCACCAGUCGCUUGCCUUCCUGCUCGUCAUAUUCGCUAUGUCCACAUCAACAAGCUGCCCGAUUCCCGGGGGCAGAGAUCGGCUGCCCGACUGCUACAGCACCACGCCGGGGGGCACGCUAUACGCCACUACCCCGGGAGGUCAGCGGGCCGGGCUGGGGUCCGCAGGCAGCGGGCAAGCCAGCGCGCACCAGGAUCAUCUACGACCGAAAGUUCCUGCUGGAGUGCAAGAACUCACCCAUUGCCCGGACACCCCCCUGCUGCCUCCCUCAGAUUCCCGGGGUCACAACUCCUCCAACAGCCCCACUCUCCAAGCUGGAGGAGCUGAAGGAGCAGAAGGAGACAGAGGAAGAGACACCUGAUGACGCACAAUUUGAAAUGGACAUCUAAUCCAGUGCAGAUGACCUGUGUAUGGAGUUAGAGGAAUCCGUCGUGCCGCUGCUGCCACAACCUCUUCCUGGGGUAUCCAAAGGCCAACUGGCCUCGUCUACUCUGGAAGGGAGUGACUUGGUUCUGGGCCUCCCUUAGUUCUGAGGCAGCUAGACCAGGGAUAGGAGUGGGCAACUUGCCAAGCCCUUAGCUCUACUUUCUCUUUGGUCUGUAGGCACUCUUCUCAGCCCCCAGCCCUCUAUGCUCAGGGGCUGAGGCAGGGCCUGGGGGGUGGAGUGUGUCACUUUCUGACUGCUUAGUAAAACAUUCAAAGAAA